AUGGCCAGGCUUCGCGAUGAGCGAAGCACACGAUACCGCGACGAUGGCGAAUAUUUGGACGACCGAGACCGCAAGCAUCGCCGCAGACAAAAAGACGCAAAACACGACGACGAGCCACAAAUGUCCGCCCGCGACAGAGAGAGGAGAGAGCGCCGCCGCGCUGAAGAGGUCCGGAGGCAGGCCGACGUCGACAUUGAGGAAUUGAGAGCUAGGAGAGAGUCGUACUACACGCGCAACGAGACAGAGCGCCGCCGGGAGCGAGAGCGAGAGCGGGAGCGAGAGCGGGAUCGUGCCUCUCACGACAGCAGGAGAGAGCCCGUCAAAGACAAGUCGCGUAGCAGUAAAGAGGUCCGCCGAGAUCCAACCCGGCGUUCGUCGAAAAAGAGAAAUGUCAUCCCCGAAGACGAGGACUUUGUCUUUGGCCGCCCAAAGUCGAUGGGCCACGUCGAGGACAUCACAGUGCGACGCCCGUCUGUCCGCAAAAGAAGUGAAGAGGGAGGGUCUUCCAACAGAACUGCUUACACGCCCGUGUCCGGUUCUGGAUCCGCGUCCGUCCGCAGGGCUGAGGUCCCAAAUUUGUCCAGGAGCGCCUCUGUUCGUGAACCAAAAGCAUCUACUACACCAGCAAGGCCGUCUGUGCGACGCACAAGCACUGCAAAGUCGCCUGCUCCACCCACACCGCUUACCAGGACACAGUCUGUCAAGGAGGCUGCCCGUCGCAGUACCGGGGGAAUCCUGUCAAGCUUCUUCAAGCCCUCACUGUCGCGCAACACCUCCACAGCCGACUGCUUGGUAUGCAUGAACGAUGACAUCCCUAUCCACAAGACUGUCAAGCUUGCUUGUGGGCACCGCAUGUGCUACUCCUGCCUGAAGCGACAAUUCACCCUCUCUGUCAAGGAUCCCCAGCACAUGCCGCCACGAUGCUGCACAUCAGAGCACAUUCCCUUGAAGUAUGCCGACCGACUGUUCGACGACAAGUUCAAGGUACUAUGGAACAAAAAGUUCCAAGAGUACACCACCAGCAACCGCCUGUACUGCCCCACAAAGGGAUGUGGCCAAUGGAUCAAGCCAUCCAAAGUCAAGAUGGAUCCAACAUAUGGUCGCAAGUAUGCACGAUGUAGCUCAUGCAACACAAAGGUCUGCGUACUAUGCAACGCCAAGUUCCACACCAAGCGCGAAUGCCCCAAGGACGAAGAGACUAAUCGUCUGGUUGAGAUGGCCAAGGAGCAGGGCUGGCAACGAUGCUACAGCUGCAAGGCUGUAGUAGAGCUCAAGGAAGGUUGCAAUCACAUGACCUGUCGCUGCACGGCUCAAUUCUGCAUGGUCUGUGCUGCUCCCUGGAAGACCUGCAACUGCCCUUGGUUCAACUACCAACACAUCCCGGAUGAUGAUCGCCUGAAUGACAUGCGCGUGCCAUACGCAAACCCCCGUUACCCCGACGUUGAGGUUAUUGAAAUCGCCGAAGCUACCCCACCGCUAGCACGCCGCCCAAGCAUCCGCCCCCGUGAACGCCCCGAACGAGAACGCGACUACGACCGCGCCGAACGAGUUCUAUCCGGACAGCUUCGUAACUCACUUCAUCUUCCUACCCCGACCGUAUCAUCAGCACGACGCACGGAACCCGAGGUUCAGAUUUAUGGUGUUGGUAACGCUGGCGGCCACCACAUGAACGAUUCCUAUGCUAUCCGCUCCGUGCCCAACUCUGCUGUCCGCACCGCUGCUCGCCUAUCCACCCCCCGCCAAUCGACCCCCAGAAGUUCGAUUUUCUCUAGCACCCGCCGCGUCUCGGCACCUACCCCCUCACGCUCUGCUCCCCCCGCCGUUGUCACUUCUUCAGUAAUGGCUGGACUCUCAAAAGAUGGAAAGAAAGUCGGUGCAAACCGCGUAGGAACAUGGCUCAACCAUGUUCAGAUCGACCCCGAGGCGACCGUCACUGCCGCGGAAAACGUCGAGGUCGAUGACUGGAGGUGCGAUGGCACCAUGAUUGGUAUUGAUUAA